AUGAGAAGAUUUAUUGGCAGCUUCAAAGCUGAAUGUGCAAUUCGACCGCUUUCCAACAAUGUGGUAGCAAUGCCUAUUCCCUCUGAUAUUUUUGAUAAUGGAGAUCAUUUAACAAAGUUUGUGAUUCUAAGACCUCUAAAAACUAAACGUGCCGAAAAAAUUGCUUUUAAUUUAAUGGAUAUUUACACCAUUUUUGGAGCAACGGCCAUUUUACACUCCGAUAACGGCAGAGAAUUUGUCAAUAAAAUUAUAACAGAACUCAAUGAAAUGUGGGGAGAUAUAAAAAUCGUGCAUGGAAAACCCCGACAUAGUCAAUCGCAAGGGUCAAUAGAAAGAGCCAAUCGACAUGUUGAAGAUAUACUGGCUACUUGGAUGGCGGAAAAUAACUCAACUGACUGGCCAACAGCAUUAAAAUUUAUUCAAUUUCAAAAAAACCGUGCGUUCCACUCAGGCAUAGGAAGAUCGCCAUAUGAAGCAAUGUUUGGUUGCCCACAGGGCCGGAUUGGCCAGUCGAGCUUUCGAGAAAAUCUCGAAGGGCCGCUUUAA